GGGUUCUGCUCACGUGCGCAGGGCGGGCUGGGGCCCCAGCGCCGGCGCCUCCCGGUUCCCCGACCGCCAUGGAGCGGCUGACGUUACCCGCCGGCAGCGCGGCGGCCGUGGACGAGUACAUGGAGUACCGGAGAAUUGUUGGUGAGGAUGAUGGAGGGAAACUUUUUACUCCUGAAGAAUAUGAAGAAUACAAAAGAAAAGUCUUACCUAUGCGUUUACAGAACAGAUUAUUCGUGAGCUGGCGAUCAUCAACUGGAAUGGAUUGUAAACUUGUGGGUCCAGAGACACUGUGUUUUUGUACCCAUAGGUAUAAGCAACAUAAAACUGACUUUGAAACGAUUCCUCAGCAGCGCCCCAUCAGCCUGCCUUGUCAAGUGACGGGCUGCCCAUGCAGGGCUUACCUCUACGUGCCUCUGAAUGGCAGGCAGCCCAUUCGCUGCAGGUGCAAGCACUUUGCUGAUCAGCAUAGUGCUGGGCCUGGCUUUAUGUGCAAUGCCUGUUCUCAGUGUUCAGGAUUCCAUAGCUCCUUCACUUGUGCUUGUGGUCAGCCUGCAUAUGCCCAUUACACAGUAGUGGAAACUAAGGAAGAAAGACUGGCUCAGAGAAAACCGGUGGGACGGGACGUUCCUUAUGCAGCAAUGGGAGGAUUAACUGGCUUUAGCUCGCUGGCAGAAGACUACAUGCGAUUAGAUGACAGUGGAAUUGGUGCACCUUCAGGUGAAUUUUUAGACUCUCCAGUUACAGCCAUGGACCACCCAUUUCUAAAAGCAUUUCAAGCAUCAUCUAGCUCUUCUCCAGAAACACUAACAGAUGUAGGUACAAGCAGUCAAGUUUCUUCCUUAAGGAAACCUGAAGAGGACGAUAUGGCUUUCUUUGAAAGACGAUACCAGGAAAGGGUGUUAAUGAAGUCUGCCCUGUCUCUGAGAGAGAAGAAGAGAGGAAACACAGGAGGGAGAGGAGUUGGGAGCUUGCAUACCCCAACAAACCAUAUUUUAAAAAUGCAGUUAGGUCCCUUCAACAAUCAGAUUGUGGCUUUAGUAUUUAGCAGCUUAAUAACCGCUAGGUGUGUAAAAUGGCUGUGAUAAAUAAGACAUGAACCCAAAUGAUGUAUGUGCAACCUUUUUUUUCUUUAGGAUGUUUUACAAAUUAUUAUAUCAACAAAUAUUUUAAAUUUUCAGAUAAAAAUGGAAAAGGCUGCUAAGCAGAAAGGAAAAGCACCAUUGCCAUCAACUACAAAAUCUUCAUGAAGACUACUGGGGAAAUUAAAACCAGCAUCCAAAUAUGUCUUUUGUGUGUUAAUUAUUUAAGUAUAAUAAUACAAUUUAUUUUUCCUCAAAUAAUUUACUUCUUUUUCUGUGUAAAAAUAUCUUUUUGAAUGUUUCCUUAAUUUAUUUAAGUGAAAAUACCUUAUACUACUUUUGUCAAAAUUCAUGAUUUACUACUUUAUAUAAACUUUUUAUCUCUCCUAACAAAUGAGGUUAUUUUUACAUUAGCCAAAAGCUUAAAGUACGGUAAAUAUUUUUAGUUUAUAAUAGUUUAACUUUUUCAGGCUAUUUUAAAAAUUAAAGAUGUUAUUGAGGGUUUUGAACAAAUAUAUUUCGUUCAAAAUAGUUACAUGAAUAUCCUUAAUUUUUAUUUUUCAAACUUU